CUAAACAAACAUGGAGGAGAUUCUGUGGCUACGCAUCUUCAACACCAUCGUUGGUAUUGUCGGCAUCUUGGGUAACAGUCUCGUCUGUGUUGUCAUCGGUAGAGUCUCAUCGAUGCAGACUCGUACCAACGCCUUCAUCUUCCACCAAGCUGUGGUGGAUCUUCUUGGUUCAUUAAUGAUUCUUUUGCAGAGCCAGGCCCCGAUACCCGACCCUAUGCCCAAUAACGCUCUCGGGUGGGUAGUGUGCCACGUCUGGUACUCAAGAUUUGCACUUUUCCUCAUUUAUGUGAUAUCAACGUUCAACCUGUUGUCGUUGACUAUGGAGCGGUACUUCGCCAUCGUUCACCCAUUCAAGUACGAGGCAGCCUUCGACAAGCGCCCAAGACUGAAAGUUGGCGUGGUCAUUGCGGCGUGUUGGAUUGUUGGAAGCGUUAUUAACUCUUACGUCCUUGCCAACUUUCAGUUACAAGGCGGUAGAUGCGUCUCGAGUGUUGCGAGUCGGUCCAAAGUCAUCGGGGGCGUGACGGCCGUUCUGCAGUACAUCGUGCCGGUGGCAGUGAUGCUGUUUGCAUACAUUCGCAUCAGCGCGGAGCUCAAGAGAGGAGCGGCCCGGGUAGGACCGGCACCGGCCAACGUACGUCCAGCUGCUGGAGCAGCCAACGCAGAUGGCAACGCCCAACAAGAAGGUAUGAUGGAGUCCUUACUCCGAGCUAGACGUAAUACCUUCAAGAUGCUCUUGAUCGUCUUCAUCACCUUCCUGGUAUGCUGGACACCAAACCAGGUCAUCUAUCUCGCGUUCAAUUUUGGCUGGAAGCUCAACAUCGACGAGUGGUAUUACCUGCUGUCUGUAGCGAUGGUGGCUGCCAAUAGCUGCGUCAAUCCGGCCAUCUACGCCUUCAAGUAUCGUCAAUUCCGCAAGGGGCUACGCGAAGUUUUUUGCAGACGACUCAUGCGCCUUGACGAAGCUUCAAAUUCUGGAUCUUACACGUAA